AUUGCGCACAGCUGUCAGAAUUCUAGUUCGCUUGGUCGACAUUUUAUCGUAGAGCCACAUGCAUGCAACUUUCUGGACUGCUUUUUUUUGUGAUUAAUUUCUCAGGUGGUGAAUUCAUCUAAAACCAACAAAUAAUUGUAUUCAUCAACAAUGUCUCUCAUUGAGGAAUACGAGGAAGGGGAAUACGAGAGAGCACCUAAUAAGCGUCUCAAGACGAUGGAUGUGGAGGAGGGGGAGGAUUCAGAUACAGCUUCCGCGGGGCUGCUAGGAGACGAAGAGGAUGCUACGGGGACCCCCGGGGAAAACCGGGCCCGGUGGUCAACAACAAAAUAUGAGUCUGGAAGAAAGGACAAUGGGGAGGAUGCCCACAGGAUCGCCCCCUCUCCGGUGGUCCACGUGCGGGGGCUCUGUGAGUCAGUGGUGGAGGGGGACCUGGUGGAGGCCCUGGAGAAGUUUGGCAACAUCUGCUACGUCAUGAUGAUGCCGUUCAAGCGUCAGGCGCUGGUGGAGUUUGAAGCCAUGGAGAGUGCCGACCAGUGCGUGACAUGCGGGGUCAACGAAGCCGUCUACAUUGCCGGCCAGCAGGCCUUCUUCAACUACUCCACCAGUAAGAGAAUCACGCGGCCAACUAAUGCCGAUGACCCCAGUAGUGGCAACAAAGUCCUGCUCCUCUCCAUUCAGAACCCCCUCUAUCCCAUCACCACUGAUGUUCUGUACACAGUCUGCAAUCCCAUAGGCAACGUGCUGCGCAUUGUCAUCUUCAAACGCAAUGGAAUCCAGGCCAUGGUGGAGUUCGAAACUGUCAAAAACGCCCAGAAGGCAAAAUCGGCUCUCAACGGAGCCGACAUAUACGCCGGCUGCUGCACCCUGAAGAUCGAAUACGCUCGGCCCACGCGACUCAACGUCCUCCGCAACGACAAUGAUAGCUGGGACUACACCAAGCCCUUUCUCGUCAGGCGAGAGCGAGGGAAGGGGAGACAACGCCAGGCCAUUCUGGGAGAGCAUCCGUCCUCCUACAGCGACAACGGCUAUGGGUCACACUGCCCCCUGCUGCCCCUGCCCAGCAAUAACAGGUACAAGAGGAGCUCUCCCCAUGACGCCCAGGAGGUGGUUGCCUACCCCCUGCCCCAGACCUCCUCCUAUAUGGGCCACGCCUCCAGCUCGUCGGUCGCCAUGGUGAGCGGCCUGCACCCAGCCAAGAUGAACUGCACCCGCAUCUUCAACCUCUUCUGCCUGUAUGGGAAUAUUGAGAAGGUGAAGUUUAUGAAGAGUGUCCCGGGCACCGCACUGGUAGAGAUGGGAGAUGAGUACGCUGUGGACCGAGCCAUCACACACCUCAACAGCAUCAAGGUGUUCAGCAAGAGGCUCAACGUCUGUGUGUCCAAGCAGCACGCGGUCAUCCCCAGUCAAGUGUUUGAGCUGGAGGACGGCAGCAGCAGCUACAAGGACUUUGCCAUGACCCGGAACAACCGCUUCAGCAGCGUGGGCCAGGCGUCCAAGAACAUCAUCCAGCCGCCCGCCGCUGUGCUGCACUUCUACAAUGUCCCGCCCUGCAUCACUGAGGACGAGCUGCAGAGGUUAUGUACAGAGCAUGAUGUUCCCGGUUUCAUCAAGUUCAAAGUCUUUGAUGCAAAACCCAGCUCCAAAACUAUCUCAGGCUUAUUCGAAUUUGACAACAAGACACAUGCUGUGGAGGUUCUAACAGUCCUCAACCACCACCAGAUCAGAAUUCCAAAUGGUUCCAACCCUUACACCCUCAAGCUUUGCUUCUCCACUUCCUCACACCUCUGAGACCUGGAAAACCAAGAUGGCCGCCGCAAUAGUUUGCCAUCAACAAGGGGAGAAGCGGAUAGGGGAGAAAGGAAGAGCACCCAACAAAGGAGAACAAAAGAAACAACGCAAGGGUGGUUAGUCAACACACUUUUUCGGACCUGAGAAUGGAAAGGCGGGGUGUUAAAAACACUCAAGAUCAUUUCUCCCCCUCAUAUGAACUAUUUUACUGGAUUAUUUUUUAUGUCUUUUUUCCUUUUAUUUACAAAAACUAUUUGAAGGAGCUGCAAGUGGUUGGGCUGACAGUUGUAACUGACAGAGGGAGAGGAAAGCCCAACUAUGCAUCCUGGCAGGGCUGCUUACUCUGCACUACAAUUGAUUUGACAUUUCCUGUGCUGACUUGACGAGGGCCGAAUUUGACUUCUAUCUUUUUAUUGUGUGACCUAUUUUAGUGGUCAAAAGACAGUGGCCUACGUUACGUUUUAAUUCCUAAGCUGAUGUCGAUGGCCAGUGGCCAGUUUUACAACUUUCAGACGAUUCCCAAAGUUGGACCAUGAGAACUGUAUACCCAGUUUUUCCCCUAUAUUAGUUUCUUCCUUAGGCGGGAUGCAAAAGCCCUCGAAGCAACAUCUAGGGCAGCUGGGAUAAAAAUUACAAAUUGAAGCCAAUGGAGGGCAAAUCAUUUUAGGCGGUGGAGGGCUGCUCUAGCUAGGGGAAACACUGGUGGAAACUAGUGGAAAUGUGUGUGCCUAACUCUGCAAUAUAAGAGAUUACUCAGUGUUUGUAAAUGAAUAACCAGUCCAUAUUAUAGUGUACAUACAGUGCCUUGCGAAAGUAUUCCCCUUGAACUUUGCGACCUUUUGCCACAUUUCAGGCUUCAAACAUAAAGAUAUAAAACUGUAUUUUUU